AUGCUUCCCAAUAUUUCUACACCUAAUCUUUGUAGCCAAGGCUCUUUAUCAAUUCCAUUCCCACUUUGUUUCAAAUCUAUCGAUGACGUUUGGUCUGAGAUUGGUCAUAACGAUCAACAAAACCCACUUCCCCAAGCUUCCAUUGAUGUUCACCAAAAUCCUUGCCAAAGUCGACAUGCUUCGGAGGAAAUGACUUCGGAAGGUUUAUUGGUGAAAGAUGGAGUUGUUCAAGAAGCUUCUUCUUCUUCUUCUUCUUCUUCUUCUUCUGAUUCAAUGGAACAACAGCUAUGUUCUGUGAAUAACAACAGAUCAAUGGUGGAUUUGAGAGAAAUUGGGUUGUCUUUGUCUUAUGAACAGAAUAAUGAUGCUGCAGGAGUCAUAAAUAUGUCCGAGAAUUGCUUUUCAAAUGAUCAAAUGAGCACCCAAUCUGUUGGGGAACCUUGUGAUGACAUUUCAAAUGAGAAAUGUGAAGCCUUGAUGACUGGUUGGGUUGAGCCUAACAACAAGAAGAGGAUCAUUGAUGGUUCUACUGAAGUUGUGUUGCAGCGGAUACAGCGCAGGAUGAUGAAAAAUCGCAAGUCUGCUGCUCUAUCUGGGGCUCGAAAGCAGGUCUAG